AAAAAAGCAGAAAAAGUUGAUUUUUAUUUGAUUUUUUGAAUUGAACGUUUGUUGUGUUGUGUUUUUCACACAGGGCGCCCAAACGGCCAAAAGAAAAUAGCAUCUGUUUUUCAAGAAAAUCUUUACAAGAAAACACAGAUUUUUCCUAAGAAAUAGCAGAAAAUACUCGAAGAACAAAAAUGGAGUUGGAUGAACAAGAAACACCGCAGAAAUUGAAAACACACAAAUUUAUAAUCAACUAUCAAGCAAACGCACAACGACAAAUGUCCAUUUCUCCCUGCCAAUUGAAAAUGACGCCAAAAAAUUCCAAAUGUUUGAGGAAGUCAAUAAAUCCUAGAACCCCCAAAGCGCAAAGUGUAAGUUAUUCGGUUGCGACUUGCAGUUCUCUGGUGGCAGCAAAUAAUUCAAACUCUAUGCAUUCAAUAUCAAUGGCGGUGGUACAGACGCCACCGGCUAAGCGUUAUCAAAGAGUGAAAAAUCCUUUUGAGGCUGCCUUGGCGGAAAGAUUACAUUUGCCUUUAAUAGCCAGUCCUUCCUUGUUCCAAAGACCAAAUACACCACAAAUGAGUUCUACCCAAUUUGAGUGGACUAUAGAUGAGGUGUCCAGUUUGAAACCGGCAAAUGUAGAACCGCAUGAGACUCAAUUUCAUGAUUCACCCAAUCCUGAGCUGGAGGCUAAGGCCCAGUCAGCCAUUAGUUCCUAUUUUAAAGAGCAACAAAUUGUGCCCAGCCCCAUAGACUGUCCACUACGAUCUCAUCGCAUAGUUUUGUCAGAAAUCAAUGGCAAUACUCCUUUAUCCAAACCAGGACGCAGAAUACGUGAUUGUGCUGUCCAAACCGAACUGACAUUGCCGCCCAUUUUACCACCAGCCUUAGAGGAGGCCCUAAAGCCUUAUUUCCAGCCUCAUUUGGCCGGUGCUGAUAAAGAAUUAAAGAAAUCAGGCAACUCACGCUCUUGGCUUUCCAACAGCAGUGAGGUAAAAGAUACUUCUCUCAGGCGUAAACUUUUCGAUAUGCAUAAUAUAGUAGUAUUGGAAAGUGAGAAUCAAGCUACACCUAAACAAAAACAACGUUCCAAACAUGCCAACUCUAGUGCUCAAUCAAAUUCUAGUCCCAUAUCCUUGCAUUCCCUGCAACAUACUGCCAUAGUGGGCAAACUAUCCGACUCCUUAGACAAAAGCUCUUUUGGCUCUCUUUCUCCUAUAUCAGCAUCCGAUAGUUUGUCUCCUGAAUGUUUGACAGAAAGUGCCACAAAACGUAAAUCUAGAUUUGGCAAUUUCCUCAAAGAAUUUGAGGAAGUUGAACUGCUAUCGCCCAUACAUCCACCCGUUAGAAGAAAACCUUUGGGCGAGAGCAAUAGAUCUCAAUAUCGUACACAAAUAAGUGAAAUUUCUAAAAAUGAUUUAACCUGUAACACUACCUCCCAGGAAGGAGAUGAUAGUCAACGUUUUACACCCGAAAGAUCUUCUUCGCCCUUAAACGGUGUACAGCAUGAUAACAUAGCUGAAUUCUCGGCCGAUAGUUUUAAUAUUAAGGUUAGCCGUUUAAAGGUCAAUUGUUCCAAGUCGUUAAAUAACACUAAUCCAGAAAGAAAUAGUAAAAUUUCAAUUAAAACUAACUUAUUGAACAAUGAGCCAGAUAUUUUUUCGCUUGCGGAAGAUACGGAGGAUAUAAUGGAAAAUACGGUGGAUAUGGAUGACAUGCAGGUCUCACAACUCUCUACCCAUUCUUCUAAUUGUAGUUCCUCGCAAUCGGACACGCCUAGAGGCAAAAGACGUUCGGCUAGUCGCAAAAAUCUAUCACAGUCAUUCUCAGCCAAUUGGCUGCAAGAUGAGGAUGAAACUGAGCUGGAUACCUCACAGUCAUUGAAAAUUAAGGAAAUUUUAGCUAAAAAACAAUUUGUUGUUGCCACAAAACCCACAGUUAACACAAUUACUUCAGCCUGUUUUGGUGCGGUAGAGAGUAAACAAAAGACGGAGGAGACUUUAAGUAAUACACCCACCAAGAAAAGUUUAAAUUUCUAUAGAACCGACAGUGGUUUCAAUGAAAUGUCUUCACAAAGUUCUUUGUCUUCUUGUGAGGCGGCUCUUAAGUCUCUGCCGGAUAAUCAGCAAUUGGAAAUGCAGCCUCUGUCGGAGAUUAUGGUAUGUUCUACGCCUUCAACUAAGGAUAAUUUUAAUUUUAUGGACUGAUAUUUACUGCCAAACUUUUUUUUUCUUUUUUUGAAAUUUAUGGAAUUUUAGGGAAAUUUUAGGAAAUUAUUUGAGGUUAUGAAAAAAUUGCAGGGAAUUUAAUUUUCUUGAAAAAAAAAAAUUAAUUAAGUCAGGGAUUUUACAGUUAAAGGAUUCAGUUUUUUCUGUUUGUAUUAAAAACUCACUUAUUUGUGGGUUAUAGCGAAGAAUUGAGGUUAAGAUUUUUUAGGUUAGGAAAAUAUUUAAAGGAAAUUGUUGAAAUUUUGUUUAAAAAUGUAAACAAUUCAUGGAGUGUUCCGUGCUGACGAAAGUUUUAAACAACUUUUAAUAGAAAAAAGUAUAAAUUUUUGAAAAAUAUGGCCGAAAUUUGUACAAAAUCCUAAAAUUUCUCUAAACUCUAUUUCUUUUAAAUAAA